AUGCAUGUGCGUUGCAGGCUCAGCGAGUACGACGUGAUGACGCUGGCGGGGUCGGCGGCGCGCGGCUGGCGCUACGAGCGCGUGGGGCGCUGGCGCGGGGGUGCGCUGCGGCUGCGCGGGGGCGCGGCGGCGGCGGCGCGGCGCGCGGCGGGCUGGGCGGCGCGCUGCUCGGCGCCGUGCCGCGCCGGCCAGUACCCGCGCGGCGGCCGCUGCUGCUGGACGUGCGUGCCGUGCGCGCCGCACGCCGUCACGCGCGCGCCGCCCCGCGCCGGCUGCCGCGCCUGCCCGCCCGGCUCGCGCCCGGACGCCACCAGGACCGUUUGCUUGCCAUCGCCUAUCGAGUGGGGCGGUGGGUCGGGCGGGCUGUGGGCGCGGCGCGGCGCAGCGGCGGCGGGCGGCGCGGGGCUGGCGGCGACGGCGGGCGCGGGCGCGGCGCUGUGGCGGCACCGCGCCACGCCCGUGGUGAAGUCGGCGUCGCGCGAGCUGUGCGCGCUGCUGGUGGGCUGCGCGGCGCUGUGCCACGUGGCGGCGCUGGCGGCGGCGGCGCGGCCGGGGGCGGUGGGCUGCGCGCUGGUGCGGCUGGCGGCGCCGGCGCUGGGCGGGGUGUACGCGUCGCUGCUGCUGCGCACGGCGCGCGUGGCGCGGCUGGUGGCGGGCGGCCCGCGCCCGCGCCUGGUGUCCUCGCGCGCCGCGGUGCUGGGCUGGGCCGCGCUGGUGGCGCCGGGCGUGCUGGCGGCGGCGCUGGCGCAGUGGCUGUGGCCGGCGGCGCCGCGCGUGCUGCACCCCACGCGCGCGCGCUCUGUGCUGGCGUGCGGCGGUGAGAGCGCGCCGGCGCAGCUGCUGCCGCUGGCGCCGGCGCUGGCGCUGCUGCUGGCGUGCACGGCGCUGGCGGUGCGCACGCGCCGGCUGCCGCACAACUUCAACGAGACGCGGUUCCUGGGCGCGGCGGCGUACGCGACGUGCGUGACGUGGCUGGCGUGGGCGCCGCUGUACGCGGGCGCGGAGGCGGCGGCGCGCUGGCCGGCGCUGGGCGGCGCGGUGUCGGCGGCGGCGGGCGGCGCGCUGCUGCUGGCGCUGGGCCCGCGCGUGUGGGUGUGCCUGUGCCGCCCGCAGCGCAACACGCGCGCGCACUUCCUCACCGCCUCCAUCCGCUGCCACCUCGGCAAGUACCGCCCGGACUCCUCCGCUCCCGCCGACUCACACGCUUCUACUAAGGUGAUCCAGCGCGACGUGUCUGUGCAGACGGAGGGCGCGGCGGCGGCGGGGGCGGGGGCGGGGGCGCGGGCGGGGGCGGCGUGCUGGGCGGCGGGCGCGUGCGCGCGGGUCACGCAGCGCGCGGGCCCGCGGGACACGCUCACCGUCACCAUCGCGCUGCUGCACCACACACACACCGCCCCCGCCCCGGUUGCCGCCCCCGCACCCGUUCCUAGCCCCGCAGCCAUUGCCGCCUCAGCAACUGUUGCCGCCCCCGUAGAUGAUGCCGCCCCUACGACCUCAUUGUAACUGCGCUAGCUACAUCUAACCACACCAGUAUGAUUAGAUUUAAAUACACAGAUGUAGUGGCCCCGCCGGAGCAGCUGGGGCUGCUGGCGGCGGGGGUGGCGGCGGGCGGCGCGGCGGCGCGCGCGGUGGCGCUGGAGCCGGGCGAGGCGCUGGGCGCGGGCGCGGCGCUGUGCGGGGCGGGCGGCGCGCGG